CUGGGCAUACAUACCCAUUGAUUCGGUAAAAAUUUACAGUUCUAGAAACCCAUUUGUUGCAGAAAUCGGAGGAAAGUCCUGUUAAGCAGCGGAAGGACAGGUUUCGGGAUUGUGGGAUUUGGAUUGCUUUUGGGCCAUGGAUCGACUGACGAUCAAUCAGAAGGUGUUUAUCCGUCGUUCGGAUGGCCGAAUCCACUUGGCAGCGGUUGUCAAACUGCAGGGCGGUAGCAGUAAUAUAGUGACAGUGGAAUGGACCGAGGGACACGGAAUGCAGGCUAAGGACCUGCCUCUGGAGCUGGUCGUCCUGAUGAAUCCCCAGAUCUUUGACACGCCCCGAUGCAGUGGAACAUCGUCCAAUCAAACGGCCUCCAUACCUCCGCGUUCCAAGACAGAACGAAUUGCUGCUGGGAGUUUAACACCACGAUUGGCCACUGCAACUCCCCGCCAGCUGCCACUUCCAAAUCGAGAGGACAAUGUGGUUGACCAAAUCGAAAGGAUGCGUAGGCAAAGAGAACAAAGGCGGGAGUGUCAAGCGCAGGCUCGUCAAAUACGGGAGAAGGAGAAGAGCGAAGAUCCAGGAAAUCCCAACUGGGAGAUAGCCAGGAUGAUCCGCUUGCAACGUCUCCAGAUGGCAAGUCAACCUGUCAAGCCGUGUAACACUAAUAAACCCCACAGGGAACAUCAAAUUGUGGUUUGUGUGAGGAAGAGACCACUCAGACGCUGUGAGCUAGCACAACGGGAAGUGGAUGUGGUCAGUAUAGCAUCAAAGGAUACUCUGGUGGUGCACGAGCCUCGGAAGCAUGUGAACCUGGUCAAGUUCUUGGAUAACCAUAGCUUCCGUUUCGAUUACGUCUUUAACGAGGAUUGCUCUAAUGCCUCGGUCUACGAAUUCACAGCCCAGCCCUUGAUACGACACAUUUUUGAAGGGGGAAUGGCCACGUGUUUUGCCUAUGGACAAACCGGAAGUGGAAAGACACAUACGAUGGGUGGACAGUUUUCUGGCAAGCUGCAGAACUGCAUGGAUGGCAUCUAUGCGAUGGCCGCCAGAGAUGUUUUCAGCAAUUUAAGCUCACCAGAUUACGUUAACUUAAAGUUGAAGACCUUCUGCAGUUUCUUUGAGAUCUAUGGCUCGCGGGUCUACGAUCUCCUAAUGCCUGGUAAACCGCAACUACGUGUCCUGGAAGAUGGCAACCAGCAGGUGCAAGUGGUGGGCCUAACAGAGAAUGCGGUGAAGAGCGUUGGAGAUGUCUUGGCCCUACUCGAGUUGGGAAAUAGUGUUCGCACCUCGGGACAAACCUCAGCCAAUUCCAAGUCCUCUCGUUCCCAUGCCGUGUUCCAAAUCGUACUGAAAUCCUCGGCGAAUGACCGUUUGCAUGGAAAGUUCUCGCUUAUAGAUCUGGCCGGAAAUGAAAGAGGAGCGGAUAAUAGUACAGCAGAUCGCUUAACACGCCAGGAAGGAUCGGAUAUCAACAAGUCCCUGUUGGUCUUAAAGGAGUGCAUUCGUGCUCUUGGUCGUCAGUCGUGUCAUUUGCCCUUCCGAGGCUCCAAGCUCACUCAGGUCCUGCGCGACUCAUUUAUUGGUGGAAAGAAGGUAAAAACCUGCAUGAUAGCCAUGAUUUCACCGGGUUUACAUUCAGUCGAACACACUCUGAAUACCCUACGUUAUGCGGACAGGGUAAAAGAGUUGACGGUGGAGACUGCAUCUCUCAAACCCGUUAUCACAGGUUCUAGUUUGGAAACCUCCAUAGAGAGCAGUUCCAUGCCAGAUAUAUUCGGACAGAAUCGCUAUUCAUCAGCCUCAACCCCAUCAGUGGCAGGUGGAAGAAACCAGUCAGACGGAGUCAAUCAUUUAAAUGAAAUCCAUGGACCAGAAUCAGAAUCCACUUAUCCCGCAUCUGGUCGCCAGUUGACAGAACGGAUAUGUCGCUCCGUCCAGGAAGCUUCUGUGAUGUUAGCCAAGUCAUUGGCGGAAUUCAGAGGACGGAACUUUCCCUGAAACUUAAGGGUGAAACUCUACAAUCAAUCUCUACAAUCUAUCAAUUUCUACAGCAAUUAUUUAAGCUCAAAAGGUUGUCAAAAUUAUCUGUUGAGAUCUAAAUAAAAGGUACAUUAUAAUAAUAA